GCUGCUGGCUGAGGGGGGGGGGAGUGGUCAGUGUGAGCAGCUGAGGGAAGAAGAGGAAGAGACGAGCGAAGCAGAGAACAGAGACUUUCAGCGAAGAUGAAGGUGUGUGUGCUGGUUCUGGGUCUGAUCCUGGUUCUGAGCCGGUGUGAGGCCCGCUCUCCUUAUCAGGCUGUUCUGCAGCACAGCCGCAUCCGAGGCCGCCAGCAGGGACCAAACGUUUGUGCGAUGCAGCAGAUUAAAGGAACCGACAGAAAAUACUUCACCAACUGCAAACAGUGGUACCAUCGCAAGGUGUGCGGCAAACCCACUGUGAUCACGUACGAGUGUUGCCCGGGAUAUGAGAAGAUUCCAGGAGAGAAAGGAUGUCCUGCUGCUCUGCCUCUGGUCAACAUCUACAACACUCUGGGUGUCGUCGGAGCCUCCACCACUCAGAUGUACUCUGAUCGAGCCAAACUGAGGGAGGAGGUCGAAGGUCCAGGGAGCUUCACCUUCUUCGCCCCGAGCAACGAGGCCUGGGCUGCUCUGCCCACGGAGAUCCUAGAUGCUCUGGUGAGCAAUGUGAACAUCGAGCUGCUGAACGCUCUUCAUUACCACAUGGUGAACCGCCGACUGACCUCAGAGGAGCUGAAACACGGAUCCUCGUUCGCCUCAAUGUACCAGGACUUCCACGUUCACAUCCACCACUACAGCAACGGAAUCGUGACAGUGAACUGUGCUCGUCUGAUCAAACCUGACCAACACGCCACCAAUGGCAUUGUGCAUGUGGUUGACCGUGUCAUCACCGCCAUCUCCAGCAACGUGAACACGCUGAUCGACGUGGACGAGGACCUGGAGACGCUGCGUACGGCAAUCGCCGCCGCAGGUCUGACCCCAAUGUUGGAAAGCGACGGUCAGUACACCAUCUUCGCUCCCACCAAUGAAGCCUUCGAGAAAAUUCCUCCAGAGACCCUGAACAGGAUCCUCGGAGACCCUGUUGCUCUGAAAGACCUGCUGAACUACCACAUCCUGAAGCAGAUGCACUGUGCCGAGUCCAUCGUGUCCGGGACUCCGAUGGAGACGCUGCAAGGAACCGUCCUGGAGGUCGGCUGUGACGGGGACCACAUGACCUUGAAUGGUAAGGCCAUCAUCACCAAGAAAGACCAGCUGGGAACCAACGGAGUCGUCCACUACAUCAACGAGCUGCUUAUCCCAGACUCAGCGAAAACUCUCCUGGAGCUGGCUGAAGGUUCUUCUGUCACCACGGCCAGCAGGCUGUUUGCUGAGGCCGGGCUGAGCCCCCACCUGACGGGCUCCGAGGCUCUGACCCUGUUAGCUCCGCUCAACGACGCCUUCAAAGGCAGUGUGACGAUGUCUCCUGACAUGAAGAAGCUGAUGACCAAUCACCUGGUGAAGCAGCAGUUGUCCUCAAAGUCUCUGUACGACGGUCAAGAGCUGGAGACGCUGGGAGGCCUCACACUCAGAGUCUUCGUCUACAGAAACAAUCUGUGCAUCGAGAACGCCUGCAUCGCUGCUCACGAUAAGACGGGACGUUACGCCUCCAUGUUCACUGUGGACAAAGUCCUCACUCCACCAAUGGGAACCAUCAUGGACAUCCUGAAGGCCGACGACCGCUUCAGUCUCCUGGUCGGUGCCAUCCAGACGGCGGGGAUGACGGAGCUGCUGAACCAGCAGAGGGCGCACACCUUCUUUGCUCCCACCAACAACGCCUUCAACGCCCUGCCACGUCUCCAGCUCAACAACCUGUUGCGCGACCAUCAGGAGCUGUCGGCCAUGCUCAGGUAUCAUCUGGGGGAGGGUCUGUUGGUCAGCGGGGGCGUGUCAUCUCACACCAGAGUCAAGCCUCUGCAGGGAGAGAAGCUGGAGCUGGGCCUGCGGAACUACACCGUCUACGUCAACAAGGUCCCGGUGGCCGACGCAGACCUGAUGGCGACUAACGGAGUUGUGCACGCUGUCGACAGCAUCAUCAGAUCUCUGCCUCCCAAAGUGGACAGAGAACAGGCUGACGGACCUGCGUCUCCUCUCAGAUCAGCUGCCUCCUCCAGGGCCGAGGCCAAGAGCUUCAGGAACGACGACCUCUUCCAGAAGGUGAUCCGGAGUCGCUCCAGCAGGACGAUGGGUCAAUGAGAGACUAUCCACAACAUCCGAGGAACCAAAGAAUGAGAACUACAGAACGCCUUCUCCUCCUAAAGGGUCAAAUGUCUCAAACCUGAAAUCCUCUGAAAUCUUCGAAAAAGUUUGUUCCCUGAGAUCAGGAAAAGUUUCAGAGUCGUCCAAACCUAACCCCUAACCUACCUAAACCUAAACCUAACCCCUAACCUACCUAAACCUAAACCUAACCCCUAACCUACCUAAACCUAAACCUAACCCCUAACCUACCUAAACCUAAACCUAACCCCAAACCAAAGAUUCAGGUCAAACACGUGAAAACGAUUCAUUUAGAAAAAUUAACUUUCAUCAGUGUUUGUUGUUUUAUUCACAGCCUCUGUGGGUUGUUGAAAGGCAUUCUGGGAGAAGUAGUUUUUAUGACCAGUGAUAAACGACGGAUCAAACUGAGGGAUUUUUUACAUUACAUGUCAUUUAGCUGACGCUUUUGUCCAAAGCGACUUACAUUUUUUAGAACACUCAGCAUUUAUGAGGGGCCAUUUAGGGGUUCAGUAUCUUGCCAAGGACACUUAGGCAUGCAGAUGGGAUCGAGUGGGAUUUGAACCGGCAACCUUCUUGUUGCAGAACACCCGCUCUGUCCCCUAGGCCAAGCUCUCUUCAAACAGUUGAAAGUUUUUAAUCGCCAUUUUAUUUUAAAAGUGUUCUGUGUUCUGUAAUAAAAAGAAGAAAACAAAUUUGAUAAAUGUCCAGAGUGUGAAGUUUGACGUCCUUUAGCCUGAGGUCAGAGGUCAGACUCACACUGUGACCAGCUGACUUCUGCAGAUCCUCAGAUUUUUUCUUUGCUCUGUUUUGUAAAAUAAAAAUGAAAACACAUCAAGUCUGUAACUGUAUGUGUGUGUCUUUCUGAAUAAAAGCCUCAGAGUUCA